ACUACCGGAUCGACCCGCUGGAGCCUGGAGGAGUUUAAUUUCGGGAGGUUUUUUGGGUGCAAAGAUCAGCCCGCCGGACGCCGAACCGACGCCGGGAGCGGACCGUGGGCUCCCCGCCGAGGAGCAGCGACAGCGACGCGCCGGAGGUCCGCGCCCGCCCCGGGGGCUCGGGAUUGUGUAGCCGCCCCGCCGGGCUCCGGCCCCGCGAUGGCCGCGGCCCGCCCGGGGGCGCCCCAGCCGCUGCUCCCGGUGGUGCUGCUGCUUCUGCUGCCGGGCGGCUGCCGCGCAUUGGAAGAAACUCUGAUGGAUACGAAGUGGGUGACGUCUGAGCUGGCGUGGACGGCUCAUCCCGAGACUGGGUGGGAAGAAGUCAGUGGCUACGAUGAGGCCAUGAACCCCAUCCGGACGUAUCAGGUGUGCAACGUGCAAGAAAUGAACCAGAACAACUGGCUGCGCACCCAGUUCAUCGAGCGCCACGACGUCCAGCGUGUCUACGUGGAGCUGAAAUUCACGGUGCGCGACUGCAACAGCAUCCCCAACAUCCCCGGCUCUUGCAAAGAGACCUUCAACCUUUUCUACUACGAGUCGGACACGGACUCUGCCUCUGCCUCCAGCCCCUUCUGGAUGGAAAACCCUUACGUCAAAGUGGAUACAAUUGCCCCCGACGAGAGUUUCUCGAAGCUGGAAUCCGGCCGGAUGAACACCAAAGUCCGCAGCUUCGGGCCCCUUUCCAAGAAUGGCUUCUACUUGGCCUUCCAGGACCUGGGAGCGUGCAUGUCGCUCAUCUCCGUCCGUGCCUUCUACAAAAAGUGCUCCAGCACCAUUGCUGGCUUUGCCGUUUUCCCUGAGACCUUGACUGGAGCGGAGCCGACCUCCUUGGUCAUCGCUCCGGGCACCUGCAUCCCCAAUGCGGUGGAAGUGUCCGUGCCCUUGAAACUCUACUGUAAUGGCGACGGGGAGUGGAUGGUACCCGUGGGAGCUUGCACCUGUGCUGCUGGGUAUGAACCGGCUAUGAAGGAGACUCAGUGCCUAGCCUGUGGACCGGGCACCUUCAAGUCAAAGCAGGGGGAAAGUCAGUGCACCCCUUGCCCUCCCAACAGUCGGACAAGCUCCGGGGCAGCUACUCUCUGCAUGUGCCAGAGCAACUAUUUCCGGUCAGACACCGAUCCACCCGACAGUGCCUGCACCAGUGUCCCGUCGGCCCCGCGCAACGUCAUAUCCAACGUGAACGAAACAUCCCUGGUGCUGGAGUGGAGCGAGCCCCGCGACUCUGGGGGCCGGGACGACCUGCUCUACAACGUCAUCUGCAAGAAGUGCAGCGUGGAGCGCCGGCUGUGCAUGCGCUGCGACGACAAUGUGGAGUUUGUCCCCCGCCAACUCGGCCUGACCGAGAGGCACAUUUACAUCAGCAACCUCAUGGCUCACACGCAAUACACCUUCGAGAUCCAGGCCGUCAACGGGGUCUCAAGCAAGAGCCUCCAGAACCCCCAGUUUGCCUCUGUCAACAUCACCACCAACCAGGCAGCUCCUUCAGCAGUUCCCACAAUGCAUCUGCACGGCAGCACGGGAAGCAGCAUGACUCUUUCCUGGGAGCCUCCGAAACAGCCCAAUGGGAUCAUCCUGGACUACGAGAUAAAGUAUUUUGAGAAGCAGGAGCAGAGCGACGGCAUCGCCAACACCGUCACCAGCCAGAAGAACAACGUGCGCUUGGAAGGGCUGAAGUCCAACUCUGCCUACAUGGUGCAGGUCCGGGCUCGCACGGUGGCCGGCUAUGGGAUGUACAGCCUCCCCAUGGAGUUUCGGACACCAGUGGAGGAUGGCUCCAGUAGCAAGAGCUUCCAGGAACUGCCUCUUAUCGUGGGCUCGGCUACCGCAGGCCUCGUCUUCGUGAUCGCGGUCGUGGUGAUAGCCAUUGUCUGCUUCAGGAAGCAACAAAACAACACAGACUCAGAGUAUACAGAGAAGCUGCAGCAAUACAUCACUCCAGGGAUGAAGGUUUAUAUCGACCCUUUCACUUACGAGGACCCCAACGAAGCCGUCCGGGAGUUUGCCAAGGAAAUCGACAUUUCGUGCGUGAAAAUCGAGGAGGUGAUUGGAGCAGGUGAAUUCGGAGAAGUCUGCCGGGGUCGCCUCAAGCUUCCAGGCAGGAGGGAGAUCUUUGUGGCCAUCAAAACACUGAAAGUGGGCUACACGGACCGGCAGAGGCGAGACUUCCUGAGCGAGGCCAGCAUCAUGGGGCAGUUUGACCACCCCAACAUCAUUCACCUGGAGGGGGUGGUCACCAAGAGCCGACCCGUCAUGAUUGUCACGGAGUUCAUGGAGAACUGCGCCCUCGACUCCUUCCUGCGGCUGAAUGACGGGCAGUUCACGGUGAUCCAGCUGGUUGGCAUGCUUCGCGGCAUCGCCGCUGGCAUGAAGUACCUGUCCGAGAUGAACUACGUGCACCGGGACCUGGCGGCCCGCAACAUCUUGGUCAACAGCAACCUGGUGUGCAAAGUGUCCGACUUCGGGCUCUCACGCUUCUUGGAGGAUGACCCCGCGGACCCCACCUACACCAGCUCGCUGUGUCUCUUCCCACAGGGCGGCAAGAUCCCGAUCCGGUGGACGGCCCCGGAAGCCAUCGCCUACCGCAAGUUCACGUCUGCCAGCGACGUGUGGAGCUAUGGGAUCGUCAUGUGGGAGGUGAUGUCCUACGGCGAAAGACCUUACUGGGAUAUGUCCAACCAGGAUGUGAUCAACGCUGUGGAGCAAGACUACCGCCUUCCACCACCCAUGGACUGCCCCACGGCACUCCACCAGCUCAUGCUGGACUGCUGGGUGCGCGACCGCAACCUCCGGCCCAAGUUCUCGCAGAUCGUGAACACGCUCGACAAGCUGAUCCGCAACGCGGCCAGCCUGAAGGUCAUCGCCAGCGUGCAAUCUGGCGUUUCCCAGCCCCUCCUGGACCGCACCGUUCCGGAUUACACCACCUUCACCACUGUGGGCGACUGGCUCGACGCCAUCAAAAUGGGGCGGUACAAGGAGAACUUCGUCAACGCCGGAUUCGCCUCCUUCGACCUGGUCGCCCAAAUGACAGCCGAGGACUUGCUCAGGAUAGGAGUGACGCUAGCAGGACACCAGAAGAAGAUUCUGAGCAGCAUACAGGACAUGAGGUUACAAAUGAACCAGACGUUGCCAGUUCAGGUUUGACGGCUGAGGACUCUGGCUUGGAAUGGACCCGACGGGGGAACCUCCCUGGGAUUCUAGUUUGUGGUGCUGCCCAGCUUCCUGAGUGUGGGGCGGGGAGAGGUGUCGUUCUCUCUCCACCCCACAACCCUCCACCCCCAUAUUUUUGCGUGGAGCCUAUUGGCUUGUCAACAGACCUCUGGCGGGACGGACUAGGGUGGUCCUAGCUAGAUUAACGGCACGCGGGGGGAGAGGCCUGAAGGAAACCCUGCCUUUUUCUUCUUUCCCCCCUUUCCCCCUUUUUUUAAUUUCGCUGUUGCGUGCUCGCAAUGGCGUGCCAGCAACGCGGAGUCUUCAUAUUGAAGGCGCAUUAUGGAUGGGGCGGGGAUGGAGGCACCAGCUCUCCCCUCUCACUGAGGCUCUCCCCCACUGCCCUCCAACGGUGCCAUCGUUGUCCUUUGGGCAUCUCAGCCCUCGCUGCGGAAGAUUCCUCCAACUCCACGCUGCCCAAGAGGAACAGGAAUCCCCAGCCAACAAGCAAAUGGAAAAAGCACCUGCCAGAGCCGCUCUCCUCCCCAGGAAAGGGGCAUCCAGCCGGGUGUUUUCCCCACACGCCCAGAGACGAUUGCGCCAGGGCCAGCUCCGCUCCCCGGGGCCGGCAGGGGGCGUCUGCAGGGAGAGAUGGCGGCCGGUCCAUUUGGGACCCUGAACGCUGGAACUACAAAGCCGGUGGCGGCACCGGCGAGUUUUCUACGCAAAGGAGUUGGGCGACCCGGCUCCGCGUCUUGCAAUCGCAGCCGUGGGUGUUUCCAGAGACCCGUCAGCGCGAGUUUGCACAGAGAUCACACGGACAGGCGGACGUUGAAAGGCAGCAGGAUUCGAGAGAAAGGGGAGGCGGAGCGGAGGAGCCUUGCAAUCUCAGACCCCCCCCCCACUCCACACCCCCCGCCACGACUUCCUCCCCACCUCAUGUUUUAUGCAGGAAGGAGCAGGCCCUGUCAGCCGCACGCCCAUCUCUGCGGAUCCUUUUCUUGACACACGCUAUGAUCGCUGCCAAAAAGACUGGAACACUUCCCUCAAUUUCCCACCCACCCACCGCCCCCCUGUUUCGUUUUGCUUUCUUCCGAAAGCCUCUGCAGCCCUGAGCCGAGAGGGCAGGAGGCUCCCUCACGGAGGUGGCGAGCUUGCAUGUGUACGAGUGCGUGUACUGGCCGUCUGGACCGUGCAAGAAGGCAUGGGCCGAAUAAAGGCAAUAACAAUUUUA